AUGGAAAACUUAAACGGAACCAGCACUCACAACAGCACAGACUCGUACGUCGCUGUUCUUGUCUGGUAUUUCUUGCCCACGGUGGUCACAGUGCCACCGCUCGCCAUUCCAGCCAACGCUCUGGUCAUACGCCUCCUGCUGCGCAAACCUGGCAUCUGCUCCACCUCAGAGAUCUUCAUUCUCCACCUGGCACUGUCUGACAUCAUGUUCUGCUUCAUGGUCAUCUCCGAGUACAUCCGUUUCCUGUUGAAUCAUACAGCUGAGGCUGGCAAGUUCCUGGCCUGGGGUAUGAACCAAUCAGGAGGGCCGAUGCUGCUCUGCAUCCUGAGUUUGGACUGCUACGUGGCCGUGUGCCAUCCACUGCUCUUCAUCCGGCUCAAGGAUCCUAAACUGCGACUGUCGUUAUGCUUGUUGGUGCUUGUUGUAACUGCUGUCUGUAGCAUUAUAGCAAAGGUGUCUGUAUGGUACAGGUGGAAUGUGAUGUUUGGGCUCCUGAGCAGUGCCACAGUGACCAUAACAACCUGUAACAUCCUGAUUCUCAAGUCCCUCUGCCAGUCAGGGCCCAGCAACAAGGAGGUACACCCGGUGAAAAAGCGAGCAUUUAAGACAGUGCUGACUGCGCUAGUGCUGAUCAACAUCCACUACCUUAUUCCGUGUUUAGAGUACCUGAUUAGGGUUUUUGGUCCCAGUCAAUUCAAGCCCCACUCAUUCCUCACCAGUAUAAGCUACUUGGUUCUCUCCCUUGGCAGUUUCGUUCAGCCUCUGUGUUAUCUCGUCCGCACCAAACAGCUGCCAGAGAUGAGAUGUGACCGCUGCACUGCUGCUGAGACAAAAACUGUGGCUACAGUUUAG